AUGGCAGUUGCAGGUGUUUUAGAGAUGUGUUAUAAUGCACUACAUAAAUCUGGUGGUGAAAACAUUAUUAUUUCACCACAAGAUUUAGUAAAUAACUAUCUGACUAACGAUGAAGUCGAACACCUGAGAGAUAAUCCAAGAUAUCUGGAGCACCUAGGAGUUACUGGAUUGGAUCAUAAAGACUGCUAUGGAGCUUCAAGCUAUAUGGUUUUAAAGUGGGUACUUGAGAAGGGGUGCAUGAUUGAAGAGAAGUGCCCAUUUGUAGGUAGUAGACAACCUAACUCAAUUGGCAGAGAGCCAAUGUUUAAGUUUGAAACUCUUAAACCAGUUUUUCCGAAAGAUAUGUGGGAAGAGGUGGAAAAUCAGCCCAUAGUUGCUGAUGUGAUCGUAACAUCUGAAUUCACAGAUUUAGGCUCUGAUGACAUAUAUGUUGGUCCAGAUGAUCCAUCUGAUAUUGAUGAUAUAGGGAUGACACAUACGGUUUUGAUAGUCGGGCGUGUUACCAAGACAGAUGGAGGCAGGUUAGAAGAAUAUUAUAUCGUGAAGAAUUCUUGGGGGACAGAUUGGGCGAAUGGUGGGUAUGGGAAGAUAAGCCGAAAGCCGUAUAAGUUGAAGGAAGUGGUAGAUGGGAAACAUAAAACGUCCGAAUAUGAUCUGUUGCAUAAUGGCGUGUUUCCUGUUAAUGUCUAUAGUUUGUAA